CACUCUGUCUCAUUUUACAUUCUUGCUUCCAGACUCAUCCUCGGAUUGCAGCAAGCGGGAGAAAGAGAGAAGUUUGAGAGAGGAAAAAGAUCGGUUGAAACCAUGGCUGACGAGGACUAUGACAUGGACGGAGCGUAUGAAGAUGAGCCGUUGGAGCCUGAGCCUGAUGAAGGGGCAGAGGUGGAAGACGAGAACAAUAACAAUGAGGACGGCCCCGACCCAAUCGAAGGUGACGGUGAUGAGAAGCAGGAGCAAGAACCGGUGGAACGACCGCGGAAAACGUCUAAAUACAUGACGAAAUACGAGCGCGCGAGGAUUUUGGGCACGCGUGCUCUGCAGAUAAGUAUGAAUGCCCCUGUGAUGGUCGAGUUGGAGGGUGAGACUGAUCCACUUGAGAUUGCAAUGAAAGAGCUACGAGAGAGAAAAAUACCUUUCACCAUUCGUCGCUACCUUCCUGAUGGAAGCUAUGAAGACUGGGGAGUCGAUGAAUUGAUAGUGGAAGACUCCUGGAAAAGACAAGUUGGAGGCGACUGAGAUUCUUGUUCUUUCACGCCCAAGAGGUCUGGGGUCUGUCAUGUUUGUAGAGUAUGCAGCAGGAUCUUCCUGAAACUCCCAAUUAUCAUUACAAGACAUUGCAUGAUAUACCAGAUCAAACCGUUAGGCUGCUUAUGGUGUCGAUUUGCCUUUGUUCUGUGCUUGUGAUUGAACUCUGGCCCCACAAAUCCUUUGUGAUGUGAUGCUUGUGAUUAUAUACAAGUUGGGCUCAUUUGCGAAGAAUGUGCAUGCAUCAAUUUACAAAUUCUUGGUUGAUUGAACUGUUCUUGACAUCAUGUCAUGUUUGUAGAGUAUGCAGCAGGAUCUUCCUGAAACUCCCAAUUAUCAUUACAAGACAUUGCAUGAUAUACCAGAUCAAACCGUUAGGCUGCUUAUGGUGUCGAUUUGCCUUUGUUCUGUGGUUGUGAUUGAACUCUGGCCCCACAAAUCCUUUGUGAUGUGAUGCUUGUGAUUAUAUACAAGUUGGGCUCAUUUGCGAAGAAUGUGCAUGCAUCAAUUUACAAA